CCCGCAUCUCCCCCGGGAAGCAGCGGGGCUCGAAUCUGCAAAGUGCUCUCCCGGCGUGUGCGAAGCCCUGGUCCGCCAGGGACGUCCGGGCCUCUUUUUGUGCCUGCAGUGCUGAGGGCGGACCCAGACCCCACACUGCUGGACAAGCACUCUCUUGUUGGGCUACACUCCAGCCUGCUGUGCACCUUCCUGUCUCAGCCUCCCGGGUGCCCCCACGCCCAGCCAGGCUUCUCUGUCCUGAUGGUGCACUCCAUCACACAGCCUCUUGUUGCAAUCCAGAUUCGGACUCAGCUGACCUGGAGGGAGCAGAGAUUUUGCCACGGCGGCUUCCAUCUGUGUCUUGUUUUUCAGACAAGGUCUGUCAUUGCAGAGCCCUGCUUGAACUCCAGAGCCUGCCGCCUCAGCCUCCUGGGCGGGGACCACAGCAGAACACAUAUGUCCUGAGGACUGCUCCACACUUGAGGAGGAGGAGUGUGUCAUCUCUGCUGUCAAUGGGUGUGGCCGGCUGCAGAGGCACCAGCACAGGCACCAGCAGAGGCGGCGCACCGUGUUCACGGAGCAGCAGCUGGAGUACCUGAAACACCUGUUCAGAAAGAACCCGUACCCAGACCCCAGCCUGAAGAAGCAGCUGGCCUGCAGGAUGAAUAUGCACCCAACCGUGCUGCAGGUUUGGUUCAAGAACCAGAGAGCAAAGCUGAAGAAAGCAAAUAAUCACGCUCACCACAUCCUGAAGAAGCCGCCGCCGCUGCCGCCGCUGGGCAAGCUCACCAAGGUGGAGACGGAGACCCAGACCGAGACAGAGAGGGAGGCCGAGACGGAAGCCAAGGCCAAGGCCACCGAGCGGCGGUCCCCGCCCGACGCCUACCCCGUGGCCCUGGUCUACACGGGCCACGCGCUGCCCUCCUACCAGCUCACCAUCUGCCCGGACCACCUGCACCCCGGGGGCCACAAGCUCGUGCACUUCGGCUGCUGCCAGGACCCCCUGGUGUACUGCAUGCACCCCGUCCCGGGGGCACAUGGCGCGCCAGCCCCAGCUCUGCCCUCUCUGGCACCCCACGGACACAGAGAAGCUACGCAGCCAAGCGGGGGCCAGGGACCUCUCCAGGCCCACACAGGGGACUGUCCUGCCGCAGAGGCCCCGCUGGACAGCGGCGCGGGUGAACCGUGAGGACAGGAGGAAGACGCACCAAACCACCGAUUCCACAGCCCAGAACUUCUGAGGCAGGGUCUCGCUGUGUAGUUUGGGUUCGCCUGUAACCCAAGGGGAUCCUCCUGUCUCAGCCACCCGCUGAGUGCUGGGGUUACAGGUGCGCAGCACCACGCCCGGCUACUUGGUUUUUUCUGACUGAACACUGAGACAACAUGCUCGUUGUCCUCCAAGCCAUCUGAGGACUGUGGGAUAAAAUGCACGGGUUUCCGAGCUGACCUUUUGCAAGUU